CCCCUUCUUGCAUGACGCACUUGCAAAUAACAACCAGCACGACUCAAACGCCUCCAGAACCACACAACCAGAAACCCAUUUUCAAACUCAAAACAGAAGCGAAACAACACAGCACAUAACCACCGCCGACAGGCCGCACAGCACGCGCAACACAGCAGACCACACUGCAGACAUGUCCCUGAAAAGGACGAUACGUGACGACGAGCAUUCAGUUGUCGCCGUAGAGGUAGAGGGCGGCGACGCGUGCAUGGCAACGUGGCAGCGGCGGCGGACUGAAGGUACCUCGUGCAAUAGAGAGGUGCCGGGGGGGGGAGGACAACAAUGGCUCAAUCCAGAGACUCCGGUGGGGUACGGGAGGUGAUACCGGGGUUGGCGUAGGUCGUCUCCCACCAUCUCCCAUGGUAUCAUGGUCACUGAAAAAUAUAUGGCAUUGUUCACUUCUUGAUUGUGAUCCUCCAUGGCGCUAGCGCUCCACAGCCACGAAGAGGCUACCGAGAAUGUUGGACUGCGAAGCGGGUGACAAUUUUUGUGGAUGCCAUUUUGUUGAAUACAUUCACUCUUUCUUUUAGUGUGGGGGGUAGGGGCUAUCUAGACCAGAGUUGCUUGUUCUUUUCAAUAGAUCGAUUCUAUCAUGAUAUCAAUGACAUGGAACUGUAUAUGACAUUGUUCACGUGUUGAUUGUGAUCCUCCAUGGCGCUAGCGCUCCACCAGCACGAAGAGGCUACGGAAAAUGCGAGCUGCGGGGCGGGUGACUUUGUCUGGAUGCCAUUUUCGUGAAUAUAUUCAUUCUUUUUGGGGGGGUAAAAGCUAGACUAGAGAUGGUUGUGGUUUUCAUUUUACCGCAGAUGCAUCUCGUCUCCGUUCUGUUGGGUGUCGGUACGAAAUCUUUCGGUCACUCGCGGCACUUGAGCAUGAUUGAAAUAGGAUCGACCCGGAUCGAAGCUCUCCGUUCCAAAGUUUCGUCGUGUAUUGGCCGCCUUACAGCUGCAAUGAGCAACCGGUGCGUGCCAAAUGAAGCCAACAUUGGUACUUUCUAUUUUACUUCCUAUUUAUUGAUACAAAACAAUUGUACAAAUGUUUCAAUAAUAUCUGUUUCAUUUUUCUCCUAAGAAAAUAGCUACCAGCAUGGUUGGUUACACAAUGAUCGCAAUAUCAUCAGAAAUGUACUGUCUGCAUUACAAAUGCAUCUAUCUGUAAGAAAACAUUCACUCGCUAAAAUUCGAAACAGCAACUGUUUCUUCUUUUUCUACGCCUGUCGCCAUAGGCCUCGAUCCAAAACGAUAUCCAACUCCUCGGCGUUUUCGUCACCUGAUGCUCCUUUCGCGGAAAUAAUGGCCGUCGACACGCGCUAAAGGGGUCAUUCCACGUGGCUAAGCAGCAAUGACCAGGACACCUACCGGCGAGAGAAACGUCAUCUCCGCUUACGACAUGGCAUGGACUAUUUUUCAUUGCUUUUCCCACAAGGCAGGGCAUCCGGCUGCACGUUGCCAUGCAAAGCACAACUGAGAAUAAAAUCACAGGGAAACACAGUUGUUGGUACGGGAACCCCGAUUUCAAAAGUUGCUCCUUUGGUGAACGAAUUCCUCAUCGUCGUAUUCAGCCGCAACGAGGAUCAACGACUCACCUUUCACGCACAUAAUCAAGACAACCAAGACAAGUAUCGCACUUCAUUACACCACUCACAAGUUGGCGGUGUCACGGAUACCAAGAUCCCUCGGGACUACUGUACAUCUGCACCAACAGACAAAGUUAUCAUUCCGUCCAGCUUUAGCCGUGGCAGAACGGGCGAACAACCUCACGAAAGAAGCGAUGGCCAUCUCACGAGUGCUGCAUCAGCACAAAACAAACAUGUUUACACAAUGAAACCUUGAUUGGUUGAUGAACGUUUACAUUAUAUUCCACAUCCGUCCAACCCUGAGAGGCCACAACCGGGUCGCCCAGAGCUCGCCGGCGUCAUCGAUAACUACCAUACGUUGGGCACGACCAUACCGGCAUUUUCACUCCCAUCUAGUCUUUAUAACAGACUUCAACCACCAACAACUUCAGCACUUCAUCGUUCCCGCUCGCAGCACCAGCUGCGAAGAUUCCAUCCCCCCACUCGCCGCACGCACCCCUGUCACACUCGCCCCUAUCCCCGAAUUCUUCUCAUUCGCCAUCCCAUGGGUUAGACCUCUCCAAGAGCACCUCUAAUACUUCCAUGCCCCCCAGCGCAGCAGUACAUACAUGCAGGAACGGACCCCAGCACGCACCAGUACCAUCUCCACACAUAAUGACAGACAACGUAAACUCCAUACAAUCAACAUACAGACAUACUCCGUAAAUAUACCUCCUACUAAUCCCCCUGUCAAAACAAAUAUAUAUCCUGUCUGAACGUUUAUUUUGAUGAACCAUGAUCAAAAUAAGAUCUCACAGUUUCGUCGGGAGCGUCUCCUUCUCCUCCUCCUGCGGUCUCUCCUUCUUCUCCCUGCUGCUGCUGCUGCUGCUCCUCCUCCUCCUCCUGCCCCUCCUGCCGUUGUUCUCCGGCUGGGCUUGAUCGCAUGCACGCGUCGCCGCCCUCUACCUCUACGGCGACAACUGAAUGCUCGUCGUCACGUAUCGUCCUUUUCAGGGACAUGUCUGCAGUGUGGUCUGCUGUGUUGCGCGUGCUGUGCGGCCUGUCGGCGGUGGUUAUGUGCUGUGUUGUUUCGCUUCUGUUUUGAGUUUGAAAAUGGGUUUCUGGUUGUGUGGUACUGGAGGCGUUUGAGUCGUGCUGGUUGUUAUUUGCAAGUGCGUCAUGCAAAUAGGGGU